UUUUGGGCUACAUGGUGUCCUCCAUGUAGAGCAUCCAUUCCGCACUUGACUGAUGUCCAACAAAAGUUUCAAAAUGCUACGAUUUUAGGUGUUACAUACGAGAAAGAUGUAGAUAAAAUAACAGAAUUCGUGAACAGAAUGGGUGAUAAAAUGAAUUAUACUGUGGCGGUUGAUACUAAUGAAACCGCUAAAAGUGCAAUUUUCACACCAAGCAAUGCUCGUGGAAUUCCAACAGCUUACAUCUUGGUUAAAAAUAAAAUAGUUUGGCAAGGGCAUCCAAUGGCUCAAGAUUUUGAGACCGAAUUGCAGAAUGCUGUUUCUCAGGUAGAGCCAAUGGUUGAAAAGGUUGCUCUUCCACCUAUUACUGAAUCUUUUGAUGAACUUAUUCAAAAACCAGUUAAAGAACUGAGGAAUAUUUUAAAUGAUCGUGGAAUUUCUAGUGUUGGGUGUUUGGAGAAACAAGAAUUUGCAAA